GGUCCGUCAUUUCCGUUACGCACCCCAAGAGGCACUUCGUGCGCAGUCACCAACACUUGCACUUACCCAUCACAAGCGUGCGAACUGUACCUCGUUCUUCACAACACCCCGGAUUAAAUCUCACCCGUCCAUAUAAUCCCACUAAUAAAAUCACCGGUUCACAAUUCCACACCGCACUGAAACGCACCGUAGGGAACAAUAACUCCACUUAAUGCAAUUAAAUCACAUCACACCUUUUAAUAGUGAGAUGAGAGCGUUGACACAGCACAACAACACAUCACAACACCAUCAUUCUGAAGAAGCUCAGUAAGAUAUGGAUUCGUUUGACGCUGACACAAAUGGAAAUGGGACAAAUGGAAAUGGGACGGAGGAGUCUUUGCCUCCGCCACCUCCAGUUGUCCCCUCAGAUGUGGUACCUCUCAAAGCAGAGGAGGUGAUCCCAGCCCCUCCUGAACCUGUGAAGAAAAAAAUUACCCGACUUCCAAUAGCCAGACGUGGUCUGGGAUCAAAAGGAAAUAAGAUACCUCUUUUAACUAAUCACUUCAAUGUUAAUAUUGGUAACAAUGAUGGAUUUUUUUUCCAGUACAGUGUGUCUUUUGCUUAUGAAGAUGGAAGCCCUGUGGAAGCUAAGGGUGUCGGAAGGAAGAUAAUGGAUAGGGUGCAGGAGACAUAUGCUUCUGACUUGAAUGGCAAGCAAUUUGCUUAUGACGGGGAGAAAAGUCUGUUUACUAUCGGCUCUCUUCCUCAAAACAAACUUGAGUUUGAAAUUGUUCUAGAGGAUGUUACAUCUAACAGAAAUAAUGGCAAUCGUAGUCCUGAUGCUAAUGGGGACAAUGAGAGUGACAAAAAGAGGGUGCGACGCCCGUACCAUGCAAAGACAUUUAAAGUUGAGAUUAGCUUUGCUACUAAAGUUCCUAUGUAUGCCAUUGCCAAUGCAUUACGCGGACAGGAAACGGAGAAUUUCCAAGAAGCUGUUAGAGUUCUUGAUAUCAUAUUGAGGCAACAUGCUGCCAAGCAGGGCUGCCUACUUGUGCGCCAGAAUUUCUUCCACAAUGAUCCCAAGAAUUUUGCUGAUGUGGGGGGUGGUGUUCUAGGCUGUAGAGGAUUCCAUUCAAGUUUUAGAGCUACACAAAGCGGGCUAUCUCUUAACAUAGAUGUCUCAACUACUAUGAUAAUUCAACCUGGCCCUGUGGUGGAUUUCUUAAUUUCCAAUCAAAAUGUGAGAGAUCCUUUUGGUCUUGACUGGACAAAGGCCAAAAGGACACUAAAAAAUCUGAGGGUUAAAACUCAUCCAUCCAAUCAAGAGUUUAAAAUUUGUGGACUCAGUGAAGUCCCAUGCAAAGAGCUUACUUUUACUUUGAAGAAAAGGGAUGGGGAUGGUACUGAAGAAAUGACUGUUUUGGACUAUUUUACUAAUGUCCGGAAGAUAGAUCUGCGCUACUCUGCUGAUCUUCCAUGUAUUAAUGUUGGCAGGCCUAAGCGACCGACAUAUUUCCCGAUUGAGCUGUGUGAAUUGGUAUCGUUACAACGAUAUACAAAAGCUCUGUCUACCCUUCAAAGGGCGUCCUUGGUGGAGAAAUCCAGACAGAAGCCAAAAGAGAGGAUGACAAUUUUGUCGGAUGCGCUUAAAACCAGCAACUAUGGUGCUGAACCUCUGCUACGAAGUUGUGGAAUUUCUAUAAGCACAGGCUUUACUCAAGUGGAGGGACGUGUUUUGCCUGCUCCCAGGUUGAAGUUUGGAAAUGGUGAAGAUUUCAAUCCAAGAAACGGAAGAUGGAACUUCAACAACAAGAAAUUUGUGCAGCCUACAAAGAUAGAGAAAUGGGCCGUGGCUAACUUUUCUGCACGAUGUGAUGUGCGAGGACUUGUGAGGGAUAUCAUUAGAAUUGGAAAUAUGAAAGGAAUUAUGAUUGACCCACCUUUUGAUGUGUUCGAAGAAAAUCCUCAGUUUAGACGUGCCCCACCAAUGGUUAGAGUGGAGAAGAUGUUUGAGGAUAUUCAGUCUAAACUUCCUGGGGCUCCUCAGUUCCUUCUCUGUUUGCUUCCUGAUCGAAAAAACUGUGAUAUUUAUGGUCCAUGGAAAAAGAAGAAUCUUGCUGAUUAUGGAAUCGUUAAUCAGUGCAUGUGUCCUCUAAGAGUCAAUGAUCAGUAUCUGGGCAAUAUUAUGUUGAAGAUCAAUGCCAAGCUUGGUGGGUUGAACUCAUUGUUGGGUGUUGAAAGUACUCCUUCUCUUCCUAUUGUUUCCAAAGCACCCACUCUCAUUCUAGGAAUGGAUGUAUCACAUGGCUCACCAGGGCAGACUGAUAUUCCUUCAAUUGCGGCUGUUGUUAGCUCUAGACAGUGGCCUCUGAUUUCAAAAUAUAGAGCUUGUGUCCGCACACAGUCUGCAAAAGUUGAAAUGAUAGAUAAUUUGUUCAAGAAAGUAUCAGAUACCGAGGAUGAAGGCAUCAUAAGGGAACUCUUACUCGAUUUCUAUAAUAGUUCUGGCAAGAGAAAACCAGAUAACAUUAUCAUUUUCAGGGACGGUGUUAGCGAAUCCCAAUUCAAUCAAGUCCUGAAUAUCGAACUUGACCAGAUCAUCGAGGCGUGCAAAUUUCUUGAUGAAAAAUGGAACCCCAAAUUUGUGGUCAUUGUUGCUCAGAAGAACCACCACACAAGAUUCUUCCAGACCAAUUCUCCUGACAAUGUCCCACCUGGAACUGUUAUUGAUAACAAAAUAUGUCAUCCAAGAAAUUAUGAUUUCUACCUCUGUGCUCAUGCUGGGAUGAUAGGCACCAGCAGGCCUACUCACUACCAUGUGCUGCUUGAUGAGAUUGGUUUCUCCCCUGAUGAACUUCAGGAGCUUGUUCAUUCUCUAUCAUAUGUUUACCAGAGGAGCACCACAGCUAUUUCAGUUGUUGCACCUAUAUGCUAUGCACACUUGGCUGCAACUCAGUUGGGACAGUUCAUGAAAUUCGAGGAUAAAUCUGAGACAUCCUCAAGCCAUGGUGGGCUAAGUGCUGCAGGAGCUGUACCUGUCCCUCAGCUCCCAAAAUUGCAGGACAACGUAGCAAACUCUAUGUUUUUCUGCUGAGGCUUAUAAGCCUGCUUCUCUGGAGACAAAUGAUGACAGAAUUAUGUGUAUAUAUAACUUCCAACCGAACUUAUGAACCUAGUUAAAUCGUGUGAACUUGAUUUUGAAGACUAGGCUUGUGAACCUUGCUAUUUAUAUGUGAAAGCUUUCACAUAUCUCUAGCCUUUUUAUAUGUUUUGCGAUAGCCGUAGGCUUGUGAACCGUGCUAUUUAUAUGUGAAAGCUUUCAGCAAAAGCUUUCACAUAUCUCUAGCCUUUUAUAUGUUUUGUGAUAGCCGUAGGCUUGUGUUUAUGGUGUUCUACCUAUGACUUCAUGUUGCUAUAUAUAAUGUUAUUGUUAUGGAUUUUAAGUUAA